AUGGUCGGUGUUGCUGGAUAUCCCCACAUAGAAAUUGAUGAUGAUGGUGAAGUUAUCCCUGUUGAUGAUCUCAUACCGGAGGAGAGGGUGAUUGGUUAUGGCUCAGAUAAUCCCAAAUUCAAUCUAGGUGCCAGAUUUCCCGACAUGGAUAAAUUUAGGCUUGCUGUAACGCAAUAUGCUAUGAAUGAGGAAUUUGAGUUGCAUGUAGCUAAAACUACUAAAGACAGAUAUGACGGGUAUUGUAAGGGUGCUGAUGAUUGUGCUUGGCAUGUGCAUGGGCGAUCAGAAGUGAAGGGUGGAAAAACUAUCAUUGUGACUGCAUGGACUGAGGGUCACACUUGUACAUCUAGCAUGAGGAGGAAGAUAACUACUCCUAGUGCCAAAUGGGUUGCUUCAAGGCAGUUUCUAUUCUUAAGAGGACACCUAAUAUGGGACCGAAGGAUAUGUAAAUCAAGCUGCAGGAUGAUCACAGAACAAAGAGAGUGCUUUAAACACCUUAUGGACAAUUAUGCCAAAAGAAAACGUCCAAACACCGACAAUAUGUAUCCUGCAGCUAGAUCAUAUAGGAAAGAAGUGCAUGAGCAUCAUCACAUAGCCAUAGUCAAAUCAGAUUUAGAUACAAAGGAGUGGUUGGAGCAACAUCACAAGCUCAAGUGGUUUAGGAGUGGAUUUAAUCUAGCUAUCAAGUGUGAUUAUGUCACCAAUAAUGUAGCUGAGGUUUUCAAUAAAUGGAUUAAAGUUAUCAAAGAUUUGCCUGUAUGUGAGCUUGCUGACAAGUUGAGGGAAAUGAUAAUGGUGUUAUGGCACAAGAGGAGAAAGAUUGGACAAAGGUUACAAGGUAAAAUUCUACCAGCUAUUAUACAUAUCUUGAAAGCACAGACUAGGGGCCUUAGUCACUUGAAUGUUGUACAAGGUGAUAAUUAUGCUGCACAAGUAGUUGAUAUGUCAGCUGCUAAUAUAAGACAUGUGGUGAAAGCUUACCUACAUGAGUGUACAUGUGAAGAGUGGCAACACACUGGGAAGCCAUGUCAACAUGCUUUAGCUCUUAUAACACAACAACCUUUCCGGGAUGUGAUGAUGGAAAACUUUGUGAAUGACUAUUACUCUGUGGAAAGGUUCAAGAAUGCAUAUAAGAGAAUCAUAGAACCACUUCCUGAUAGAUAA